AAAUGCAUGAUAACAGAGAAUAUCAACACUUCUUGGGGAAACAUUCUUAAAAGAGUGAGUGAGCGAGAGGCUGCUUUGGAAGAAACUCAAAGAUUACUGCAACAGUUCCCUCUGGACCUGGAGAAGUUUCUUGCCUGGAUUACAGAAGCUGAAACCACUGCCAAUGUCCUACAGGAUGCUUCCCGUAAAGAGAAGCUCCUAGAAGACUCCAGAGGAGUCAGAGAGCUGAUGAAGCCAUGGCAAGUAAGUUGAGUGUUUCUCUUUUGGCCAUUUAGUGAAUCCCACUGAAGCAGUCUAAGCAUUUGUACUUGAUACUGACACAUUGGGGACAAAAAUAAAGUUGUUUUAUUCAGUUUGAUAUAGUUUAGCAUUUGGGCAAGAAGGAAAGAGGCAGAGGCA